CCUUUCGAUGACAGCACAGUGGUUGUUAUGGAAAAGCAUUUCCCCGGAGGAUUGGGGACAGAACAGCUGAUCGGGUUCAGUCGGGCUGAGAACACGGAUACGAGUUUGUGCUGCUGUCAGACUGAAUUAACUUCACAGGUAGCCUGGCGGAUGAGAGCGUUGGGCCACUAAACAAAAGGUUGCUGGAUCGAAUCCCCAAGCUGACAAGGUGUCAGGGGAGGGAGUAUUAUGUUCUGUAUUCUAAGAAGCACAAUGGAUUCUUGAGACGCUUUGAUGCCUGACUCUUCCUGGUUCCCGAAGCACCACCUGCAGUGGCCUAUUACAGGACUAGAAGUGAUCCAAUCCCCAUGCAUCCCCCACCUCUGACCAACCCCUGCCCUUACAUUCUCUCAUACUACUGCACUCUAAAAACAAGCUCUAUGCAGUAUUAGUCCAAAUCUCUGUUUAUAUUUUAUUAUCACAUUGAACAAUGUGACCUGGUUCCUCUUAGAUGCUGAGUUUGUACUCUAAGUAACCACUUCACUUCAAGGUUUGCACCACAGCUCUCAGUAUGGACUCCCACCCGGGGACUUGUGUGUUGGGUCCACUUCCCAGAGAGUGUAGGCCUAACCAUCAAUGGUUGCAUUGCUGGCACUGACGGGGGCAGAGGCGAAGUAGUGUCACUGUUUCGGUCCCCCUCCCUCCAACCCAGAGGAAUACAGGAAGGAACACAGGAUUUAAGGACAGACGUGGUUCAGUAAUCUGGAUGGAUCUGUUCCAGCAGGAGAUGUUCCAUAAAGAUCUAGAGUAAGAACCAGUUGGUUCUCAGGUCUUGAAUUUCCAUACAUAGUCUUUUAAAGCAUAUAGGCCCAUGGAAGAGAAUUCUCUGAUUCUCUGUUACUCACACAAAGAAUACCGACUUGGACCUUUACACCUUGGAGAUGUCCUCCACCUGACCUUCCAGCAGCUUUGAUUAUUUUUGUGUUCACUUUCAACUGAUAAAACCCAGAACCAGAUCAGAACAGUGAAACGGGAGGUGUAGGAAGUCUGAGGUGGGCGGUGGUGUGGCAUGGCGGAGCACGGCGAGCUGCUCGGUGAGAUGGCCACGGUUGGGCGUCUGAGUACCACGGAGCGCCUGAAGCACGCCCAGAAGCGGCGCGCCCAGCAGCUGAAGGGCUGGGCCCAGAUGGACAAGGAUACGGCCCGUGGCGGGGGCAAGGCCGGACAGAAAGUGGACAAGAACAAGGGGUGCACGCGCAGGGUGGUCUUCCCCAACAACAUCACCCUGCUGGAGGCUGCAGCCCGCAAUGACCUGGAGGAAGUCAGGGAGCUGCUGAACGGUGGAGUCAGUCCAGAUCUGUACAACGAGGACGGACUCACUGCCCUGCACCAGUGCUGCAUUGAUGACUUUGUGGAGCUGGUACAGUGUCUGUUGGACGCCGGGGCCAGUGUGAACGCCUGUGACAGUGAGCUGUGGACGCCGCUCCACGCUGCUGCCACCUGUGGACACACAUCCCUGGUGCAGCUCCUGGUGCAGUCUGGUGCAGAGAUGCUGGCGGUCAACGCUGAUGGCAACAUGCCCUAUGACCUUUGUGAGGACGAGGCCACGCUGGAGCUGCUAGAGAUGGUCAUGGCAGAGCAGGGUAUAACCCAGGACCGUAUAAACCAGUGUCGUGGGGCUAAGGAGAUGGAGAUGCUGACGGACCUUCGAGCGCUGGUCCAGAGUGGUGCGGACCUGAACGCUCAGGAUGACAAUGGGGCCACACUGCUGCACUUAGCGGCGGCUAACGGCUACCUGUUGGUAGGGGAGCUGUUGUUGGAGCACCAGGCCAAAGUGGAGGAGAAGGACACAGACGGCUGGACACCACUCCAUGCCGCCUCCUGCUGGGGACAGGUCCAGAUGGUGGAGCUACUGGUGGCUCAUGGGGCCAGUCUCAACACCAAGUCCGUUCUGGAAGAGACGCCACUAGAUGUGUGUGCGGAUGAGGAGGUGAGAGCCAAGCUGAUGGAGCUGAAGCACAAACACGAUGCCAUCAUGAAGAGUCGGGACCGACACAAGGGCACCUUGCAGAAACGAGCCUCCAGCACUGGCAGCAGAGGUAAGGUGGUGCGGCGUGUGAGCAUCAAUGAGCGUUCCAGCCUGUACCGGCGGGAGCACCACAAGGAGUCCAUGGUGUGGCAGGAGAGAGGCCGGCAAGCCGAGCCGCAGGACGACGACGAGGACAGACAGACUGACAACGAGCUCCACCAGCAUGUUGCCAUGGCUGCAGGUGCCAUGUCGAGGGGGGAGAAUGACGAGGGAGGGGAGAGGAAGUUCAAUCUGGGGAACGGUGGGAUUCCCCUGGCCCUGUCGGCGUCAGUCCCAGGGGAGCAGUGGAGCGGAGGCCGGAUGGACCGCAGCGCCUCUUACCAGCUGAGCCCUGCCUCGGGGACCGGGGAGGCAGGGGACAGCAUGACCCGAGAGAAAUCCCACCAGACACUAGCGGACCUGAAACGCCAGCGGGCCGCAGCCAAGCUCAACAAGUACCCAGCCCCACCCGCUCCAGAGGAGAUGCCCCCUUCUCCCGUCCCUCUGCAGGAUGUGACCCCGUCCGGAGCCGCCCAGGAGACACCCAGCACAGAGGUGGCCUCCCCCAGCACUGUGUACUUCACCCCAGCCAGCGGGGACCCGCCCCUGCUCAAACUACAAGCCCCAGAGGAGGACACCUCCAACAACACCAAGGAGCCCUGCUGUGGACUCAUGUAGGGACAAACACUUCCAAACACCCACUGCCUGAAUGGAAAUUAAAGUGGGCGAUGUGUAACAAUCAAAAAUGAUUUCAAAACGCUACGGUGACGACCAGAUAUACUUUUAAGGAUUCAUUACAGUUGGAUUUAUUCUAAGUUUAUUAUUUGGUUCCGUUAAGCGCCUACUUCCAUCAAUUACAUGCCAUUGAAUGUUUGGUCUACUCUCCAUUUUGGUCAAUGUGGUUAUACAUUCCAUCUUCUUGCAUCGAUUUAUUUUUUAGCCCUCCUUCCUGAAAUGUCUAAAACAAGAUUUAUCUAAUGGAGGGAAUGUAAAACAUUUUCCAAUAUAUGAGCACUUAACGUUCCUCUGUUGAUAAGGGUGUGGCCAGAGCCAUAGAUUUACAUACAUGGAUAUUGCUCUGCAUAUCUAUGGACCUCGUAUAGAGAGAGACCGUAUGUGCCCACCUGGUGGCUUCUAAGAGAACUACAGAUUCCAGUAUUACUCCUUCAAUAGCACGGAGUACUUUCUUUUGUUUAAUCCCUUUUUUCCAUGUUUGUUUGAUGCAAUUCAAUCAAAAGAGAGCGUUUUCUCAUGUCAAGCAUAUUAUAUAUGAACUGGCUAUCUGACUUAAGUGAAUAAGAUUUGCUCAUUUAAAGCAGAAAGGGGCUAGAGAAGCGUGAAUGAACCAAAGCUGAUUAUUUUACUUUAUUUUUUUCAAGCUGAAAAUUGGACCAAUGAAUGAUAAUUUUCUACUCAUGAUUGACUGAGCAUGAUUUGAGAUAUGCACAGUAAAUGGAUUUAAGAGAAGGAGAGAUUAGGAUCGAGAGUGAUGGGUACAUAAUAAUGGCAUUUGUUGGUGUUUGUUUGUUUUCUAUACACACUCACACCAGUCUGUCUGUUGACAGGGUACAGAAGUGGAAGUGUUUGUAGAUGAUGGUUUCUCUUUCUUGUUGGUUUGAAUUUGCAUCAAAUUUACACACGUGUAGACAAGUGCUAUUUCCCUGCCUUUCUACUGAUCAGCAUUCAGCACUGUUCUCAAAUUAUUAUUUUUUGUUUGUAAAUCAACAUACUGUUCCAAUGCACUAAGAACCUACAUUUUCUACGGUGCAAUUUGUAAACAAGGGUUUUGUUUUCUAAAUGAUUGUAAGAGAUUAUCUAAUAUUCAAAUUAAUAUAAAUUGUGUUUUUGUCAUGGUGUUUGUCCCACCUCAGGAUAAAAUGACUUCUUAUAGGCAUUUCUAUUUAAACUAUUUCUAUGCUGUGAAUAGGGAUGUACACAGUGUACAAAACAUUAGGAACACAUGCUCUUUCCAUGACUUGGACUGACCGGGUGAAUCCAGGUAAAGGCUAUGAUCCAUUAUUGAUGUCACUUGUUAAAUCCACUUCAGUCAGUGUAUAUGAAGGGGAGGAGACGGGUAAAAGAAGGAUUUUUAAGCCUUGAGAUAUGGCUUGUGUAUGUGUGCUAUUCAGAGGGUGAAUGGGCAAGAUGAUAUUUAAGUGCCUUUGAACGGGGUAUGGUAGUGUGUCAAGAACUGCAACGCUGCUGGGUUUCACGUUAAACAGUUUCCCUUGUGUAUCAAGAAUGGUCCACCACCCAAAGGACACAAUUGUGGACCGCAUUGGCGUCAACAUGGGCCAGCAUCUGUGUGGAACACUUUUGACACCCUGUAGAGUCCAUGCCCUGACAAAUGGAGGCUGUUCUGAGGGCAAAAGGGGGUGCAACUCAAUAUUAAAGGUGUUCCUAAUGUCUUGUACACUCUGUGGAUAUUAAUGACAUUUCAUUUUUGUGUCAACACAAUUUGGCAACCCAUCCCUUACAGGAUUAUUUCACACACACUACAAUGAUUCACAGUGAUAGUUAUUCCGGUGUUCCGUACAGUGUGCACCUCAAAAGGAAUGAAAAGAAAAUCUAAACAUAAAUAGUAUAUACGGUUAUCCAAUCAAUAAUAACCCUAGGGCAGUGAAAAAUUAAAUAUAAUACUGAAAAAUGUAUUAUAUUUUUGUAUAUGGAGUAGAUUGACCUCAACCAUUCCUUUACAACAAACCAUUCCUGCCUAGAAACCAGUAUCUUCUACAUUGCUGCCUUAAUGAAAUGAAGGGGGCAUCAGAACAACUGACAGACCAUCUUGGUUAGCCUUGUCAAUGUGAUGGUUUGUCAACAGUAAGUGCCUACUGUAGGGUUGAUUGGCUAAGUGUAAAUAGUUUGCAUUGCUUGCACAAAGUUCCACAUAGACCAUGUGGAAUUCUGAUUGAUGUGAAGUAUGGGACUAAAUGCCUUUGACUCUCUCUUAAAUGUACUAUUGAAAUGUCUCCUUCCAUAAUGGAACUCAGUCCUCAAUUACACAUUUACAUCUGUUUGUUUUAAUGUAGA